GCGGGAUACUAUUAAAUAAUGGGUUUUCUGACUUAUAACUAGUCAUGGUAGAGAUUGCAAAAUUUAUGACGAAGACGAGGUCUGCUUCCCAACUCAACUCUGACAUGGACAUGCAACGACGAAAUUUCAACUUGUCUCUCGAGGUGCAAAAAGUGACGAAAAACGUGGAACAAAAGGAAAAGCGAGAAAAUUCAUACAGCACAGCAGGGCAGCUUCACGAAAGACCCUUCAAUAUCCUCAGUUCAUACUUCAUGUGGAUGACGACGAGUGUUCAUCUAAAAAGAGACAAGAAAAUCUACAAAGAUCCCGUACUAGAUCCACGAAAUCAGAUUGAUGAAAUAAAUCGCCGAGCCUUAGAAGAAAAUGCUAGGAGAAUUGUCGAGCGGGUCGCGGAAAUUGAAAAAAUGAAAGAACCUGUCACAGCGCAAAAUUGCAUCAAAUACAGUUGA